AUGGCGUCGCGCGACCAGGCGGGGAGCGUGCGUCCACGCUCUCGUCGCUCAAUAGCCCAUGUGCAGAGGGGCAUGGACCAAGAAAAUGUUACAACCGAUAUUGCCGCAAUGAAGCGAUUCGCUACCGAAGGAAGAGGUCCGACGAGGGACAAGAAGUCUCGUAGUAAGAGUCUGGGGCCUGGAGGUUUAGACGCCCUUCAGUCAAUGAGUGGCAAUCGACGAAAGUCUACCAUGGCAAUUCCUCUCAAAUCCAUUCUCAAGCCGACCAUACCGGUAUCACCGAUCCGUAACAUCCCAGCGUUUGACGAGUCGCGCCGACAGAAAGACGCGGCGAAAUCAUCGCAAGCUGACGAGGGGAUGCUGAUCGAUUUCUCUACACCAGCGAAAGCCCCUGUGACGGGAACAGAACAACUAGACAACCCAUUCGACGGAUUCAAUGCUUCGUCGGCCAUUCGUGAUGCGAAAGAACGGGAGGAAAAAGAACGAAAGGAGCGCGAGAAGAAGGCGAUUCUGGAACAGCGAGCAGCUCGUCGGAAAUCUAUGGCUAGUCGCAGAGUGUCGUUCGCGCCGGAAGCUACACUACAUACAUGGAAUGUUGUAGAACUUAUAGAAGACUCAACAUCGUCAUCUGCCGCCAAUUCGACCAGACGUGCAUCCUCCUCGGUAAACUCUACCAACCAGGCACCUACUGAAGCACCGAAAGCAGAAGUAGCAGAAGAAGCAGAAGAGGAAGAUCCGGAUGCUGCGUUCUCCCCCAUACAACCUGGACUACAUCAACAACCCAGCGAAUUAUCCUCAAGCCCAUUUAGUGGUAGCUCUGUUGGCGGCAGUGAUGGCACGCAGAGCCCGGUCAAGGAUGUGGAUGAUGCAGACUCUGAUAGCGAGGAUUUUGAUGCCGAAAGUACAGCAAUGAGUUUAGAUGAAAUUACCGCUCGGACGAGUGGCACAGCGCCUAUGGAUGAUGCUACGAGUUCAAGUGAGCGCUUGAAUGAAGCGUUGCGACAAGCAGCACGAGAAGCUGGGACCUCAGGCGCCGGUAUUGAAGAGGAUGAUGAUGUGUCGAUGGAAAUCGCGGACCAAGAAAUAACCGGUGCAUUCAAGCCGUGGAUUCAAAAGGGACAAAGAAUAAGCUUUGAUAUGGAAGAUAUGAGCGCGAUUCACGACCAAGAGAAUGUCAUCUCAUAUCCACAACUAAAUCCUUACGAACACGAUAAUGCAAGUGAUGACAUUGAGGAGAAUUAUAAUGAGGAGCUGAGCAUGGAGAUUACGACUGCUGUCGGGCAAAUUCUCGGCAACUCUCAGAACAGCCGAAACCCUAGAAAAUCGAUAAGCGAGCAGACAAAUUACGAUGAGCAAACGAUGGAGCUGACCAAAGUUGUUGGGGGCAUCGAACAGCAGCAAUCACCUGCAAAAUCAGACAUUGACAGCAACAUGGAAGAGAACGAAGAAAUGACAAUGGAGUUUACGUCUGUUGUUGGUGGAGUCCUUAGCAAGCAUGUACCCAGCACCGGAAAAUCCAGCGACGGUAUAGUUGCCGAGCCCCAAGGUCGGGAGGACGCCAGUCGCGAUUUCUCUGAAUGGGGCAGUGAUGAUGGAGAAGAUGAUGCAGGAAUGGAUAUGGAAUUUACUGGCGCGGUUGGGGGGAUCUUGUCACCUAUCAUGGAGGAGAGAACAGGAUCUCAAGACGGACAUACUGCUGGUAUGGAUAUCACUGCAGCAGUAGGUAGAAUUCUUCCGCCGGGACUAGCUACCUCCGACAAAGCUCAGGCGAAACAGCUUAUGGAAUUGGAGUCCGACUCUGGGCAGCUGGCUAGUUCGCCUUUUCAAGUUCAGGUGCCAGUAUCUCCUCCCAAACCCUUACCGGCCCAUCACAUCGCUCCGAUCGCCUCUGAAACUGGAAGUCCUAGCCUUGCUAGUGUUCGUUCACGUCGCACAAGGAAAGGUUCUGCAUCGCCUGGGAUCCACCUGUCACCAUCACGACAAGUCACCCCUAACAAGAACAAGCCUCGCACGCCGUCAAAGCAAGCGACACCUCAGCCCCCUCGUCCCACGACUCCUGGAAAAACCCCACCCUCUAGCAAUAGAUCGUUCAGAAGCGCAUCUCCCAAGAAGCUUUUUCGGGCAGAGAUCAAAGCGUCAGCAUCGAGGUCACAAUCGCCCGGACGUCGAAGCCUUUUUGAAGCCAGUGCAAAUGGAGACUCAACUCCAGCUUUUAUUUUACGACCCCAUCCAAGGCAGUCUUCCGGACUAGGCAUUGAUAAAGAAGGCCUCGGUUCUCCAAAAGUAGCUGAAAUACUUGAUCGUCGACGCUCGAUAGGCGAAGAUGCGCAGGAAUUCGUUCCCCAGGAGCAAUCACCCAAGCGAAUUCGCUUUGAAGAUCCUAUCAGGAUUCACAAGGAAGUCGACCGAGAGAGGGAGGAAGAGGAACAAAGAGAAGAAAGAAACUCAUCCGCCCUACAGGUAUCCGAUCUAGAUCCUACGUCAAAUUUGAGAGACCUCAUAUCAAGCUUGACGCCCAAGAAGAGAAAGGCCCGAAAGAGCUUGCAUGUUGGUGCCGCGAGGGGCCUAUUGGGAAAGCGUCCAGCUGAGCUUGAUGACGACGAGGAAGAUGAAUCCCCUAAACGAAUACGUGCCGCUAAUGAGAGCCCUGUCAAGCCGAUCAAACUUCCUGCGCCUCCAUCUAAAGAUGAGACGGUGCGCCGUAUGACUCGUGGUUCAAUGGGCAAGUCUUUCGAACUUUCGCCUGUCAAACAAGGUAGCUUUACUCCACGAGGACCACCUCCUACUAGGAUGGAAAGUCCACUGAAGCUCAAGAGUCCUGCUGGAAGUUUGCACGGACAGGAUGAAGUGACGCAAGAACAGGAAAUGGAAGGAGAACCUAUCAUUGAUGAAGCUCACGACGCCGCUGGCGAAGAUUCCGAUUGGGAGCCUAUUCAGCUGCAGGAUUUCUUGAAUCUAACCAACAUCCAUUUUAUGGAACUGACCACUACUAAACGAAGGCAUACUACCGUUGCAGGGAAUGAUAGGAUGGCCGACCGCGCAGGUUCUCGUUCAGUAGAAAAAGGAAGCAUCAGCUUGGAGGAUUGUGUUGCAGCAGGCUUCUGCACUGUACCAAUGCUUGAACUGUAUCAGCAUUCAUGCCGCGAACUGAAGUCAUAUAUUUCUGAGGGGCGUCAAAUAAUUCACUCUAUUGAAGAAGAGACCUUGGCAGACAAUCCUCCGUUAUUCCGCGAAUAUGUGACUGCUCGACCCGACAUUCGACUUCUUAUGGACAAUCAAUUCCGCAAUGUGAAAACGCACGCUAGACUCCUCAGCAAGGCCAUGUGGUAUGAAUGGCGAAUGAAGUUGCUUGAAGGGCUCAAGGAAGGGUUAGACCGUCACGUAGAAGAGAUGCGUGCCGAUGACUCUCUGCUGUCAGAACAGGAGGCUAUCUUGCAAAGCGUCGUCCCCCAGCUUGUCGAAAAGCGUACCGUGCUGGACUCUGAGGCGUCGAGAAUGCAAGAAAUUGUAGACGAGAUGGAAAAUAUUGAUCCGAACGAACUGCGAAUGGCUCGUGAACGUCUCGCCAAAGUCGAAGCCGAGAUUGAACGCAAGAAGAGAGAAUCGGAAGAAAUGCAGGAAGAUCUACAAAACAAGAACGACACUAUCGAAGCAGGGGCCGAGCUGAAGACUGAGUUCUUGGAGCAGAUUCGUGAAGCGGAAAGAGUACGAGAGGAGUGUAGGGGCUGGAGUAUCAAAGAGGUGAAUGCUCUCAAGGAUUCUGUGCAAUUGUUGGAGGUCCAGACUGGCUGGKCUAUUGUCUCAGCUAUGCAUGCACAAGAGUCCUCAGGGCCUGGAAUGACUUUGAGGUACAAAGACGAGCUCGUGGUGAAAUUCUACCCGAAGUUGUUCAAGUCAGUCGAGACAAACGAAGACAAAAGCUCGGCCUCCUUUGAGCUUGCAUAUAACUCACCUAAAGGGGGGCAGUAUAGUCUUCCGCCUGCAAAGUCGCUUAUCUUGUCCCAUCUACUCAGUGCAGUCAAGGCGAUACCGCCUUCAACUCCUCUGAGUCAGGUCUUCAGAUUUCUCUCUAAUGCUUGGGACUUGACAUACCGGAUCGAAGAAGAGACUCGCGCCCUCAACUUUCAUGGUGUCACCAAGACUGCAGUUACAGAUACUACCGAUGUCGGUGUGAUUUCACGCGCCAGAUGUAUCCUCAUCGGAACGUUUGAUCCUGGAGAAGGACCGAAACAGGCUCGAAUUGACGUUGACUUUCGACUGAUGCCUAGAGUGGAUGGUGUGAAGGAAACCGAUUCUGACGUCGUUGUUGAGCAGUUGCGAUUGUAUACGGAUGUUGCUGUAAGCAAGGUAUACGGUUUUUCUGAAGAAGGCUCGCGGAAGAAGACCCUGUCCGACGCACAAAUGCGAGAUGUCAUUUUACGAAAGUUGGGCUACAAAGGCAAAGGAGCUGACGCGACUUCUGGUCUUGCGGUUGAUCUAGGACAGGGCAGUUGGGGCAAAUCAGUACAAGAACUGGCGUUGAAAGUGUUUUCCUAG